AGUAUAGAUGUGGGAAGCUGCGCAAAAAGUGAAGGAAGAAAGAGCAAGUAAAAUAGCGAGGAAGAUGUGGAGAGUUCCAUUCACGCUCGGCGGGCGUGCGGCGUGGCGACGUGCGCCCUGUCUCUCACAGUGAGGUCAUCAGACCAAACGAAGGAUGUGAAAUAAAAAGAAGAGAGAUCCUCUUCCCCAGCCAAGAGACGAGCGCGAGCAACAUCCUGUUCAGGUCAUCUUUACUGAAACGGCGAUGGCAAGAACAACGCUUGGGAGCUGGGUUCCUGCCUACACAGCAUUCCACAUAGUGUUACUUAGAUGAGAAAUGCCGGCGGGAACAAGUGGCACUUCUCUCCUAUCUACCUCACAGCAUUCUACGUUGUUUUGCUAUCCAGGACCCGGGGAAGUCGAGCGCGUUGAGGCGGGAAUAGAUCAACCACGUGAAAGAGGCAAGUCGAAAAGCUGAACGACAAGCUGCAUGACAUGGAGAUGGAGAAGAAAGAGGAGGAAGUAAAAUGUCGUCUCGAAUGACGAGCUCAAGGAGAUGAUCAACAAGCGGGAUUAGAUGAAAGCAUUGACACAAGAAGAGAAAGAACAAGAAGCUUUCUGCAAAGGGGGAGACAAGCUGCAAAGAGGAGAGAAGAAGAAUAUGCGGGGGAGACAAUCGAGAAGAGGAAGAGGAAGGGGAAGGGGAGGGGGAUGCUGAUCAGAAUCGUGGCAAGAAGUCCUUGGAACUCUCGAUCGUUCGAUCUGUGGUAGAUCCGGCGACAUGGACGAACCGAUCGAUCCCAUCAAUUUCGACGUGAUUGUUUUGGGUACCGGAUUGCCAGAGUCGAUUCUUGCGGGAGCCGCCGCCAUAGCCGGGAAGAAGGUGCUGCACCUGGACUCUGCAAGCAGCUAUGGAGGCCACUGGGCCAGUCUUUCCGUCGACUCUGUGCGAGAAUGGGCGGCGGCGAUCAGUCAGGCCGAUGAUGAUGAUGAUGAUCUCCAUCAGCUCUCUGCAGCGUCUGCGCCCGCCUCCGCAGGUACUCGCCAGCCGGUGAUGAUUGCUUCGCCGGCGGUAGUCCGGUCGGGAUCUCGGGUGGGCGGCGGCGAUCCCGAGGACCAUAGCGAACCAGACGGUCAACGCGCAGCAGCCUCAGCAGAUUGCCGUCCAGCGGAAGAAGGAGACGGCGAAGCGACCAGAUGCGCAGCAUCAGGGGAAGCGAGAGAGAAUGGGCAAGGUGGCGGCUAUGAAGGCGGCGGCGGCGGCGGCUAUGGCGAACAUGGACAAGCGCCGUCGGCAGAGAACAGGGUAAUACCGCCGGUCAACGACGGCGGUGAUUACGUCGAUGGUAUCGCGAGAUCCGACGGUGAGGGUGUGGGUUAUUCUGAAAAUAGUAGCCGAGGUAGUGCCACGUGGGAGGCGCUCGAUCCCUCCCUGGAGCCCCUGCCUCUGCGGGUGAUGGGGGGUGUUGAAUGCGCAGGCAGGGACCCUCUUUCUAUCUACACGGACGUCAAGGUGUACGGCCUUGGGGAGAAUGACCUCCCUUCCUCGGAAGUGGUUAGUCGCUAUUCCAGGCGUUUCCUUCUGGACCUGGCUAGCCCGAAGAUGUGCUUCUGCGACGGACCUAUGGUGGAUAUGAUCGUACGGUCCGGCAUUCAUAAUUACUUGGAAUUCAAGGGCUUGGAAGGCACCUUCGUGUGGUCUGGGGUAGCUGGUGGGUCGGAGGUGGGAGCAAGCAGAGGAGGUGGGGGGGGAGGGGGAGGGGGGGGAGAAGGUAGAGUCGAUGAGAGAUUGAUUCUCGUUCCUGCUUCGCGGUCCGACGUGUUCAGGGAUCGAACCCUAGGCAUGUCGGAGAAGAGAUUAUUGAUGCGCUUUUUCAAGAACGUGUCGGAGUACAUGGGGGAGAAGGAGGGUGGUGGUAAAGAUGGACAGGAAGGGGGAGAGGGAGAGGGUGGGGCCGGGGGGGAAAGAAGCAGCAGCAGAGACAGAAGGGAGUCCGUGAGUGGCGGUGAGCUGGCGUCGCAAGAUCCCGAUGCACCGUUCGUGCACCUGCUCAGGCGGCAGAGAUUGUCGCCCUCUGUUUGUCGGUUUGUCCUGUACGCCAUCGCAAUGAUUAAUGACGAUCAGGAGGAGAAUGGUGAUGAGGAGGAGGGGGGAGGUGGACAGGGAGAGGAAGAGAAGGAGAGAAGUAGUCGUAGUAGUAGUAGUAGUAGUAGUAGUAGUAGUAGUAGUAGGAGGAGGAGGAGGAAGGUUGUGUCGACGAGAGAAGGCCUGGACGCGAUGUCGCUCUAUCUCUCCUCCAUUGUGAAGUUCCCUCAAUGCCGGGGCGCUUUCCUUUAUCCCUUGUAUGGUGGAGGAGAGCUGCCUCAAGCUUUCUGCAGAGUAGCGGCCGUGAAGGGAGCUCUUUAUGUCCUUCGGCGAUCCUUACACUCCAUCCUGGUAGAUAAAUCCACUGGGAUGUACCGGGGGUUGAGAACGUCUUCAGGCCAGCUUCUGUUCAGCGAUUAUCUCAUUGGAAAUCCGAUUUUCCUGCAUCCUUUCUUGAUGAGUCCGGUGCAGGCACGAGGAGUAUUAGGGAGAGGAGGAGCAGGAGGAGGAGGAGGAGGAGGGGAAGGGGGAGGACAUUGUCGAGGGGAUGGAGGAGCAGGAGGAGGUAUAGAGGGGGCAAUUGGAGGAGGAGGAGGAGAGGAGGGGGGGGACGAGGGAGCAGGAGAGGAGAGGGGAAACGAGGGCGCAGGAGAGGAGAGGAGGGGGAAGGAGGGCCCAGGAGUGGAGAAGAGGGGGAACGAGGCAGUCGGCGAGGAGGAGGAGGGGGAAUACAUAGCCCGUUGUCUGUGCAUUACAGAUCGGUCUGUCGUGGGAAAUCUAUCUACGGCGCUGAUCGUUUUCCCGCCAAAAAGCGUGGUGAUUGGAGAUCCCGAUGGGAGGAAGAACAGCUGCUCUAUCCGUGCUUUGCAGCUUGGUCCGCGGACAUCCGUUUGUCCGGAUGGUACGUAUGUGGUCCAGUUGUCGGUCCGGUGCGACGAGCGGACUUCCGCGGAAACGGCUCUUCGACCAGCUGUCGAGUCUCUAUGGAUCCAUCCCGGUCCCGACCUCGACCGGCGUCAACGAUCUGAUGACGUCAACGCUUCUCAGAGGCUGUCGCCUUCUCCUUCGUCUUCUCCUCCUCCUUCUCCUCCUCCUCCUCCUCGUCCCAUCAACGAUCUGAUGACGUCAACGCUUCUCAGAGCCAGCGCAACAGGCCAGACUGCCGAUGACAGUCCAUCUUCGUCAUCCUCAGAAUCGCUCUCCCCGCCGUCCGUUCUCCAGCGAUCUUCUCCUCAGCCGCCAACUUCUCCAUCUUCCGUCCUGUCUUCUUCAGCCUUGAUGACCUCACUGUCGCCUCCGCCGCCAUCGCUGGAGCUUCCGCCUCCCGCGGCCUCGGCGGUGGGAUUGGCGGAGGCAGUCGCAACAGCAAGCAGACACGUGUCAGGAGGACACGCAGUGUCACGUGGUUCGGGCAGCCAAUCAACAGGGAGGAUAGAAUCGGGGACAUGCAACGGAGGAGCUGGAGGAGGAGGAGGAAGAGGAGACGUAAGGUCGGCGGGAUCUCAAUCGGCGCAAUCGCGGCUUGGGGGAGGGAUAGACGACGAGGGAGGGAGAGAGGAAGCGGAAAGAUAUCGGAGGCCGAGGGUUCAUUGGUGUGUUUACUACAAACAACGAGUUCUUGAUGGCUAUGGCGAUGAAUUGGAACGGGGUGAGGGAGGAAAUGGAGAUGAGCCUGAGACGAGUUUGGGGAGGGAGAGGCAGGUGGUACCUCCCAAUGUGGCGAUAUGUCCUCUGCCAGAUGCAUCGAUCGAUUACAGGUGGAUGAUGACAUCGACGGAGAAGGUGUUCAGCAGGUUAUUUCCCGGCGAGGCAUUUUAUCCAGGGGUGCAGGAGGGCGGCGGAGGGAGCAGCUUGGAGGAGGGAGGGGAAGGAGGUUCUCAGAUUGAGGAAGAUGAAGAGACUAGGCGAUUGUCGGAGAUUCUGGGCAAUGACGUUCACAACAGCAAUGGAAACCUCAGUGAAGGAGGGAAUAUGCCAACAGCGAGUGAAAAGGUGGAUGAGAUGAGUGAUGGAGGACAAGGAGGUAAUCAAUCAUAAUCAAUCAUCGGAAAUGAUUGAUCGAUGAUGGUCGACGCGAUGUCCAGACACACGCACAAAGCACAGCGCCGGGGUUACAGAGGGGAGAGAGAGAGAGAGAGAGAGAGAGAGAGAGAGAGAGAGAGAGAGAGAGAGAGAGAGAGAGAGAGAGAGAGAGANAGAGAGAGAGAAAGAGAGAGAGAGAGAGAGAGGGAAGGGAGAGUGGGUGCCAUACGAGGGGACGAGAUCUACCUCGUUGCCGAGAGAGAGAGAGAGAGAGAGAGAGAGAGAGAGAGAGAGAGAGAGAGAGAGAGAGAGAGAGAGAGGGUGGCAUACGAUGUGACGAGAUCUACCUCGUUGCCGAUUAGUGGUUCUUUUCCUCGAAAGUGCAUUUUUAAUCUUUUGGAAUAGAUAGAAAGGCGCCGCCGCUUGUUUUCAAUGGACAGGAGUUGUUAGUGAGGCGACACUUACCUACUCCUCCUCCUCCUUCUCCUCGUCUUCGUCGUCCUCCUCCUCCUCCUUUCCUCCUUCUUAAGCUGUAGUCAAUGAUGAUGGAUUAGGAAACAUAAGAAGUCACUGAGUUGGAAGUUUGUCGAGGGUAAGAGAACCCAUCGCCGUUUCUUUGUUUUGUGUUCUUUUGGACUUCGAGAGUUUUCAUGCAGGCGUACGAAUACGCUUCACCAUCGGUCCGCCAGCAGCGCUCACCCAUCCACGGGCGAAAAGCAAGGAACAG